AUGUACAUGUUGAGUCAGCUAUUGAUACUAUUAUCAUCAACAAUUACAUUUACCACAGCUAAUUUAUUUGAUUUUUUAAACAAUCAAUUUCAUAGCGGUGCAAGAAAUCAACCAAAUAAUCCAAAAGAGUUAGAAAACCAGGUUUUAAAUUCGAGAUGUAAUAAAUAUUUAUGUCCAGAUACAAAAUUAUGCGUUGAAGCACCUAAAUUCUGUCCAUGUCCUUAUCCAUCAUCCCAAAUUAGAUGCUUUUUACCAAAUGAUAAAUUUGUCUGUAUAUCAAAGCCAAGUGGUGAAGGUAUAAGUGAAAAAUAUAAUAGUGAAGAUGCUUAUAAGCUAGAUGCAAAAGAUGAUAAUAUACGAGAUUGUGGUUGGGUUAAAAGAGCAUGGAAUGGAUUAGUAUGA